AUGGCGCUGCCACUGUUUUCAGCGAACCCAUCUACUACCUGUUCCUCUACUUGCAGUUUCCAUGCACCUCAUCCUCCGUGCUUUCUUCUUCUACAUCAUCAAACCCAUUCUUUCAAAAGUUGCAGAGCUCUCAGGUUCAGAGUUUCGUGUAAGACUGUUCAAGUUGAUACCCAGGAGCAGCCCCAAAGAAUCAAAGUAGCUUUUGAGGCCACAAGGAAGAAAAGGAAGCCCAAGCCAAGCUUCUUCGAGCAAAUUCAGGACAAAUGGUCAAUGAAAGUCAAUUCCCCAAGAGACAAAUUUCCCUGGCAAAAACAGAAUGAACUAGUACAAGAAGAAAAAGGGGAGGUGGAGGAGGAGGACGAAGAAGAAGAAGAAGAAGAAGAGGUGUUUGAGCCUAAAAUAAGCAGACAAGAGGAAGGUCAGAAAUGUUAUGGGGUACGUGUGGCUGAACCAGUGAAUCAGAAAGUGAGUUUUUCUUUGCCAAACCGUAUUAUUUAUGCUCCUUGGGCUCAUGGUAGCAAACGCAUUACGCCCCAAGUUGAUUCUGAGCCUGAAACCUCACAACACAGUGGUGCACAAGGAAAAAAUCUUGAUGGGUUUGCUGGGCAUUCUGAGAUUGAUACUACAAGUGGUGCCGUUAAAAAAGAGAAAAGCUUUGAGCGACGAUUUGAUAGUAAUAGAAAAUUGGAGAGAGAAAGGGUUGGGGAAAUUGGUAUAAUUUCGAUUGGGGUUUCGAAAAAAGAGGAGAAAAUGAUCUCAAAAGGCUUAAAUGGCGUUUCUUUGGAUGAAACACUAUCUGGGGAUGGUGAAAAUUAUGAAAAGGUUGAAAACUUUGUGUAUUCUGGCAGUGGUUCUAUUCGGUUGCCUUGGAAGAGAGAAAGUGAAUUGAGUUCUGAGGAAGGUGAUAAGACAAGGAAAAGGAGGAGCAACACGGAAUUGGCGGAGCGAAUGCUUCCGGAUCAUGAGCUGCGGAGGCUGAGGAAUGUUUCUCUGAGAAUGCUGGAGAGGAUAAAAGUUGGAGUUACUGGUAUCACACAGGCAUUGGUGAAUACUAUACAUGAGAAGUGGAAGAUAGAUGAAGUGGUCAAGUUGAAGUUUGAAGAGCCAUUCUCACUUAACAUGAAAAGGACCCAUGAAAUUUUAGAGAGUAAAACUGGAGGUUUGGUUAUAUGGAGAUCAGGCAGUUCAGUAGUGUUGUACAGGGGAAUGACAUAUAAUCUUCCGUGUGUACAAACAUAUGCCAAACAGAGUCAGACUAAUUCACAUACGUUGCAACACUCAGAAAAUGCUACCAGUGAUAGCAUGCACAAUGUAGGUGUGAAAGAUGUGUCUAGGACUACAGAUUUUCCAAGUCUUGAGUCCGCAGAGUAUUUGAAGGAUUUAUCUCAACGAGAACUCAUGGCCUUGAAUGAUCUAAACCAUUUGUUAGAUGAGUUGGGUCCACGGUUUAAGGAUUGGAUAGGCCGUGAGCCAUUGCCUGUGGAUGCUGACUUGCUUCCUCCCGUGGUUCCUGGAUAUAAAACUCCCUUCAGACUUCUCCCUUAUGGGUUUAGACCUUGUCUAAGAGACAAGGACAUGACAAAAUACCGUAGGCUUGCUAGAACUGUGCCUCCACACUUUGCUCUAGGAAGGAAUAGAGAACUGCAAGGUCUGGCUAAUGCUAUGAUGAAGCUUUGGGAGAAGAGUGCUAUUGCCAAGAUAGCCAUCAAACGUGGAGUACAGAACACAUGUAAUGAAAGGAUGGCAGAAGAACUAAAGAGAUUGACAGGGGGUACACUUCUCUCUAGAAACAAAGAUUUUAUCGUUUUUUACAGGGGUAAUGACUACUUGCCAUCUGUUGUCACGGGGGUAUUAGAAGAGAGGAGAAAAUUAAGAGAUCUCCAACAAGAUGAAGAAGAACAAGCACGACAAAUGGCCUCAGAGUAUGUUGUGUCAAACUCCAAAGCUUCUGAAGGCCAAUUUGUUGCUGGAACCCUUGCAGAAACCAUGGCAGCAACCACCCACUGGAGAAACCAACUGACCAUUGAUAAAGUCAAAAAAAUGAGAAGAGAUUCAACUUUUGCUAGACAUGCAUCUUUAGUCAGACACCUCGAGAAGAAACUGGCUCUUGCAAAAGGGAAGCUCAGAAAGGCUGAGAAGGCUUUAGCAAGGGUGCAGGAAAGUUUGGAACCAUCAGAUCUCCCAGAUGAUUUGGAAACCUUAACUGAUGAGGAUAGGUUCUUGUUCCGUAAGAUUGGUCUCAGGAUGAAACCCUUCCUGCUUCUAGGGAGGCGAGAGGUUUACUCUGGUACCAUAGAGAAUAUGCACUUGCACUGGAAGCAUAAAGAGUUGGUGAAGAUAAUUGUGAGAGGAAAAAGUUUUGAGCAAGUCAAGCACAUCGCGAUUUCUUUGGAGGCAGAGAGUGGUGGGGUGCUAGUAUCUCUAGAUAAAACUACCAAAGGCUAUGCUAUUAUUCUCUAUCGUGGAAAGAACUAUCAAUGCCCUCUUCCAUUAAGGCCUAGGAAUUUAUUGACAAGAAGGCAGGCAUUGGCUCGGUCAGUUGAACUACAGAGACGCGAGGCAUUGAAGCAUCAUAUUUCAGACUUACAGGAGAAAGUUGGGCUGUUGAAAUCUGAACUAGAGGAAAUGGGGAAUGGGAGAAUGGUUGACGAUGGAAGAACCUUGCAUUCAACAGGAGAUGAUCCUCUUAUCCCCAGUGAUUACAGCGAAGAGGAUGAAGGGGAAGAGGCAUAUCUUGAAGUAUAUGAUAGUGGCAAUGAGGAUAACAAUAACGAACACGAGAUUGUUGGAUCUGUUUAG